CGCUACACCCUUUUAGGAAAGAGAAAGGAAAGGAAAGGAAACCAAGAAUCCCUCCCUCAUUUGAAGCUUCAGAGUCCUAUAUGCAUUCAACAUCAUAUCUUCACAAUAUGUGCAUUAUCACUUUUUUAUCACUCUAAAAAUCCUCUCUUGUUUAUUUAUUAUAUAACCAUUCUCUCAGCAAAUAAGACUACUCCUACGAGCUUUACUGCUUUUGUUUUGGUUUUGUUUUUGGUUUUUCUUCUCGUUUAUGUUAUGAGCAAAGCAGAGAAGAAUGAGCCAUUGGGCAUGACCUCAGGAGGGUUCUCAGGCUUUGUGCUUGACCCAGCACAAUGCAGCCAAUUAAGCAUGGAAGAGAAAAGAAAACUCAUUCGAGAGAUUGCCCAAUGGUCAAAAGAUGCCCCAGAGAUUCUUAGUUCAUUCACCCGCAGGGAGCUUCUUGAAAUUAUUUGUGCUGAGAUGGGUAAAGAGAGAAAAUACUCAGGAUAUACUAAACUUCGAAUGAUAGAGCACCUUCUAAAGUUGGUUUCACAGAAGUCCAAGAGGGGGAAUACUGAUGAUAUUAUUGCCUUGUCUCCUGCCAAACCUCAGACUGGAUAUAAAAGGCAAAGGGUGAAAGAAUCCCAACUUCAACUACCAACUGAGUCAGAUCCUGCUUCUCAGGAGAAUAACAAAGAAGUUAAAAUCCAAGUCUGUCAGAAUGUUGCAUGCAGAGCUACUUUAUCUGCAGAUGAUGCUUUUUGCAAGAGAUGUUCUUGCUGUAUCUGUCACUACUAUGAUGAUAAUAAGGAUCCUAGUCUAUGGUUAACUUGUGGUUCUGAUUCUCUUGGUGAGAAAUCGUGUGGACUUACGUGCCAUUUGAUAUGUGCUUUGAAGGAUGAAAGAACUGGAAUUGUGAAGAUUGGUUAUCAUACAAAGUUGGAUGGCAGUUUCUACUGUGUUUCUUGUGGAAAAAUUAAUGGACUAAUGAGAACCUGGCGGAAACAAUUGCUGAUUGCCCAAGAGGCCAGAAGAGUUGAUGUAUUGUGUCUACGAGUCCUUUUGGGUUAUAAGAUUCUCACAGGGACUGAGCAAUAUAAAGAAAUGCAACAGUGCCUGGAAACUGCCUUACAACUGCUGAAGAAUGAGUUGGGACCUCUUGAUCUGGUGUAUGCAAAGAUGGCGCGGGGAAUAGUCAAUAGGCUCUCAUGUGGUGCUGAGGUUCAGAAGCUGUGUGCCUCUACAGUGGAAGCUUUUGAUUUAAUGUUUUCUCACGUGGCAAAGUUAGAACCAGUGUCUUGUAAGAUUCAAUUUGAAGAAUCCUCCUCAACUUCAGUGGUCAUUGUACUAGAAUAUGUAGAUGAUCUCUCUGAUGACAUCCUAGGUUGCGUGCUGUGGCAUCGUGAGUCUAAAGCCAAGGAUUAUCCUCAAAAACCCACUUUUGUUAUAUUGAAGCCAGAGAAAAGAUGCAAGAUAUGUAAUUUAACUCCUUCUACUGAGUAUUUCUGCAAGGCUUCUUUCUUUGGUAGUGCAGGGAUUCUAAGCGGCGAUUGGGAAGCUAAUUGGAUCACUCCUAAGCUCAAUGGACAUUCUGAUACAGCUUUUGGCGAAUACAGAGACGAACAAAAACCUAUAAUUGCUCAAAUUCAGUCGCAGGUGAAAUCAACCAAUUCCAGAAACAUCAAAUUAAUUGGGGAAGGCUCAACAGGAUCACAAUCAGUAAACUACAUCAAUGGGAACAAGAAGGAAGGUUUAUGCUCACUGCCUCCAUCCUUGGAAGUUGUUUCAUCAGGAAGCCUUGGAACACUUUCUCCCAAAACACCCUGUAAAUCCAGAGGAAUUCAAGAAGUGUCAGGUUUGGGUUGUAAAAAGCAAACGGAGGAGAGUGCUUAUGAAUAUUCAGUGAGAGUAGUCAAAUGGUUAGAAAGUGAAGGACACAUAGAGGAAGAUUUUAGAGUUAAAUUUCUCACUUGGUUCAGUCUGAAAGCAACAGUGCAAGAGAGAAGGGUAGUCAAUGUUUUUGUGGAUGCUUUAAUUGAUGACCCACCUAGCUUGGCUGGGCAGCUCAUCCAUUCUUUCAUGGACAAGAUUUGCUGUGAGCGGAAAACAGUUCAUCACCACGGAUUCUGCACUACUCUGUGGCAUUAAAUACCAAAAUUAAGUUUUAGUUUGGUUGGAAAAUUUAGGGAAGUAGUUAAAUGUCUAGGAUUUUGUGUUGGAACAAGAGAAAAUGACUAGAGCAAGCUAAAUGUGCAGCUCCUUAGUUUUGAGUUCUAUCUGUCAGUAGUGUUUGAUGAUAAAUUUACAUGCAUAUUCUGCACAACUACACAACAAUAUAUGGUAUUAUCGCCAUGCAGAAAUUCAUGGAA